AGACACAAAAGCCAAUAUUAUUACGUGUUUACAGAAUUCUUUUUUCUCUUUUUGUAUCGUUUUAUGUCUGUCUAUAUUGAAAUCAAUCAAAUUACAACAGACACUGUGAAUAUUGCACAAAAAAUUUAGUUUAAAGUGGGAAAUGUCGUCGAUUUUAUGGCAAUAGCUUCAGAUAUUUGCAGUAUUUACACUUUUUCCGCCACGCAAAUUCCACAGAGAAGUGUUGUAAAAAGUGAUAUUAUUCGUCGACUUCAAAAUCAGCGACUCAAAAUGUUUAUUAUUCGGGGCAUCCCUUAAAGCAGGAAAUUCGUCAUUCUAAAUUAAAUUUCAUAUCAAAUAAACAUCGGUCGACGUUUAGAAUGGAAAAAAAUCAAGUGCGAAAAUAAUGAAGAUGUUAUCAUUUAAAAAAAAAUGUUCUAGAUUUUGUGUACGUGUGCAAAAUACCAACACCAAUCUGUGUCAUACGUAAAUUGUGCAAACAAAUAACGUCUGAUACCCGAAUAUCAUUAAGAAUGUUGUUCGAAGAUAAAUCAAAAACAGUAUUCUUUCAUUUAUUUUUAAUUCAUCGUAAAUUUUAUUAUUUAAUUUGAACGAGAGAGAAAAAAUGAGUUGGUUUGAUGCAACCGGAAUCGCCAGUUUGGCAAAGAAUGCAUUGAAAGAAGCCCAAAAAACCAUUGAUAAAGCAUUAGAUAUAAAAGAAGAUGGAGACGAUGAUGCCAGUGAUUUAAAAUCAUCAAGUUCAUCAUCAUCGUUGAGUGUAAAACUGUCGCCCGACACAUCCGAAAAAAGUGAUAAUUUAAAAGUUAUGAAACAAUCUAUAAGUAAUCCAAUUUUGUCAACGGUUACAACAGCAACAUCGGCUAGUAAUUUAUGGGGUUCAUUUACUGGAUCGUUUUUUGAUGCGGCCAAUGAGAAUAAUGAAAAUAAUAAAGCAGCCGUUACAAUUGCGCCAACCAGUCGAAGUGAGUCUCGAUUGAUUUCCACCAAAGCCGAAGAUAAACCACAAAAUUCAAGCAUAUCAGGUCGUACGAGUUCAGCCUCUGAAUCGGUUGAAUUGCUUAGUUCGCCGUUGACACCAUCGUCGGGACUAACGUCACCGUCUGGAAAUUGUCAACCAUCCUCAUCACCAUCCAUAAUAACACUACAACAUUCCCACAAAACAUCCGAAUCAAUUGAAGUGAUUAAAGAUGCGUCAUCAAGUGAGGCACUUUCUCCCGACUCGGUCAUUUCCACAGCGCCCGUUGGUACAUCGGCCAGUUGCACAUCGAUUUCAGACAGUGUCGAAGUGAUCGAUGUGAAUCCGGCCACAUUCAACGUAACUUCGCCAAGUGGUGAUGAUUUGUCUUUCGGACAGCACGACGAUGACGAUGAAUCAAUUUCACAAUCCUAUAAUACCGUGUCCGAAGGUACGGCAUCGAUUUUAGAUCCAAGUUCAAUUUCACAGCAGAAAACUUUAAAUCGAAGUAGUUUAACAUUGACCCUACCAACCGUUAUCGAACCAUCAAACGAUGCUACAGACAGUAAAAAUACGGAAUCGAUCCACAGAGCUGGUGGAUCGUUGAUUUUGGAUAAAUCUUUAGAAGGUCUUGACAUUCAGACCACAUAUUCCGAUUCAACACAAAGUUUCGAAGACGUUCAACAAAUCCUUCUGGAUGAAGUCAAUAAAAUUCAUUCAAAGCAUGUGACCAAAGAUGAAGCACAUAUGUCACCGCAAAGUAUUGACGAGAAAAAUCCACUGGAAUCAAAAGCAACUAUGACCAGUGAUACACACAAUUCGGGGCAUACAUCAGCUGAUGAAAUCGAAACGGCAACAUCGUCUGACAUUGAAAUAAUCUCUGGCCCGAAUGGAGAUUCGAGCAGUCAUACAAGCAGUGUUGCUGGUGUUUUAAUUGCAUGUAAAUCAUCAAAAUUGUCCGCUCAUUCACAGUACGUGGUAUUUGGUAAUCCGAGCAGUAAGAAAAAAGGUCAUUAUCGUGAAUUGUCCGAGGCGUCAACGUAUUCGUUGCAAAGUGAAAGUGGCAGUGACGGUUGUUCACAUUCAGAAUAUGAAAAAUUAACGCAAAAAAUCACCGAAUUAAAUGAAAUAAUCGAAAAUCGUGAGUGUAAACUUGUGCAGUUGGGCCGUGAAAAUGCACAAAUCCAUGAGAAAAAUGCCGAAUUGAAUAGUAAACUUGAUGCAUUGCAACUGCAAGUGGAUUCACAGGGAAUGACACACACCGACGAUUACACACAACGAAUGUCAGCGCUCGAACGAAAAUUCCAACAAACGUUACGGGAACGUGACAAUUUACGCAUCGAAAUGAAAAGUAUUCAAGCGAAUUUUAGUAAAAGCAUUUCCAAAGAAGAUAUUGAUAGAAUUGUUAAAGAAAAAGACACAAUGAUUGACGAAUUGAAAAUUGAGGGCGAAAAGCUAUCAAAACAAAUUCUACAACAUUCAACCAUAACCAAAAAAUUACGAGCAAAAGAAAAAGAAACCGAUUUACAAUUGAAAAAGCAAACGGAACAAAUUGAAGAGUUGACACUUGAAUUGGAGCGCGUAAAAAAGUCAUUGUCGGCCAAAGAGGAUGUGGAGAAGAGUCAAAUUCAGGCAAUUCAUAAAUUAACAUCGGAAAAGCAAAAAUUGAACAAAGAAGUGGCACAGGUUAAAAGUGAUUUGGAUGACACCACACAACGAUUGAACACAAUUCAAACUUCGUUCGACGCAGCUCGUAAAGAGCUAAAUGAAAAACAACAAGAACAUUAUUCGUUGGAAAAGAAAGCCAAAAAUUUGGCCACUUUACAAGGCGAACAACAAACAUUACAGCAACAAAAUCAACAAUUAACCACAGAAAUCGAAUCGUUGCGUGAAAAAAUGAAACAGGAUGCAUUGCAACAAGCCGAUCAAGUGCAAAGGCUUCGUCAAGAGAACACAUCGUUAGUUCGACGGUUGGAAGAAAUCGAACAACGAUCUGAGGACCAAGCACACGCUGUUACGGAGGCCACCAUACCACUUGUAAAACAAUGUCAAAGUCUUCAGGCAACAUUGAAUACACGCACAUUGGCAUGGGAAAAACAAGAGAUGACAUUUUUGAAGAAAAUUGAAUUACUUGAAAAACAAUUAGCCAAUGUAAAUCAAUCGGAACAAUCGGCAAACGAACAAAGUGAUCAACUCAAUGUACGCAUUCACAAUUUAGAAGAAUCAUUAUCAAAAGCAUUGCUACGAAGCGAACAAUCGGCAGCAACAAUUCAACAAAAACAAAUGGAAUUGGAACUCAUUCAAAAUGAUGCCAAACAAAAGUAUGCCACUUAUGACACAGAAACUCAAACAUACAAACUCAAAGUUGAUGAGUUGAAUGCAAAUAUUGAACUCUUGCAAAAACAGUUGAAAGACAGUCAGGAGAAAGAGCGCCUUUAUGCAAUUGGAAUGGAAAAACCGAAAUUAAUGCGAAAAAUUAGUUCAGUUGAAUUUGCCGAAAAUAGCGUUGAAUAUAGCAAUGAAAGUGAUCAUAGUGACGAACAGGAGCUUAGUCGAAUUGUAAAUAAUAGCUCACCUGCUUAUAGCGUUGGGAAAAUGUCUGCCAAUGAUUCCGCUUGGCAACUGGAUGAUUUGGAUUCAGUGUCAAUAGUCGGUCAACGACGAACUCCAACAAAUUCAACAUAUGGUUCAGUUCCGCUGGCAUUUGGCGGUGGUUCGGCGCUCAUCGAAACACUUCAAUCAAGUUUGAAGCAGCGUGACGGUGAAAAUCAUCAACUUCAAUGGGAAUUAUCACGUUUGCAAUCGGAACGGAAUUUCUUAUUGUCGGAAGUUUCAUCGCUUACAUCACAAUUAGAAGGAAUCAAAGAUAAACUAGAAACUCAUGAUUCCGUAGUGAGUCAAUUCAACCAAUUGCAAGAGCAAUAUGAUGCAAUUUUGCAGAUGUACGGAGAGAAGGUGGAAGAAACAGAAGAAUUGCAAUUGGACCUGCAGGAUGUUAAAGACAUGUAUCGAUCGCAAAUUGACGAUUUACUGCUUCAACAACGUUCGUUAAAGCAAAAAUUACUUGAAUCGCAACAAAAAGGCGACGAUUCAAGCACAUAAUUCAUUCAACAUAAAUUCCGGAAUCAUCAUAAAUUCUAUCGAAAUCCGGUAAAAAUCUCGGUGCUAAAAGAUGAAUUUUCGGAUUAAAAAAAACGUUCGAACAUGGUUCGACUAUAUUAGAAGAACGCCAACGGCCCUUCGCUUUUUCCUAGUUCCACACUUAACAAUCUAUUAUUUCUAUAUGUUCUGUUCAUCGUUUUAAAAUGUCGUAUUUAUUUAGGUCAGUGGAUUUCCAGUAAAGCUUAUAUGUAUUUUGAAGAGAUAAAAAAUCAAACAUAUUUGAUGUUCAAUGAAGAUGAACAUUGCAAGGAUAUGGACAUUUUUUUAUAUAACAAAUGGUCUUGCUAUUUCGAAAUGUAUUAAAAUCUUGUUAUUUAUGUAUGCAAGCCGUAAUCGUAUUAUGAAAUUUAUUUGAAAAUAAAAUACAAUAUUAUUAUCAUGAACA